AUGCGUUUUUGUCGACGUACAAUAACAGAACAUAGUAAUGUCAUGCUUUCAUCAGAUACAAGAAUAGUUAAUGGCGAAACAUUCACUUUUACUCAAUUACGUCAAAUGGGUAUUACUCCUCAACAAUUAUUCGAUUGGUAUGCACCGAUGGAUACAAUUGAAGACUUCAUAGAAGAAAACAGUGAAGGUCUAUUUUUCAACUGUUCUCGAAAGAAUGGUAAUAAUUGGUUUGGACCAGAGUGUCAAUAUAGAUUCGCUAAUGAUAAUGGAUUUCUCAAGAUCAUCGAUAGACAAUAUACGAUGAGGACAUUUAAUGAUUUCAAAUCUUUGUCAUCUACAAACGGUACCUGCUAUCCAGUUAUGAAGAAUGAAUGUCAAUCGAUUCUAUGUUUAGAUUGGCGAGAAAUUUGCGAUGGUAAAAUUGAUUGUACGAAUGGUUUUGAUGAGCGUCAUUGUCAUAAGUUGGAAAUGAAUGAAUGUAAUAAUACGAAUGAAUAUCGUUGUGUAAAUGGACAAUGUAUUGAUAGAGAGUUCUAUUUAGACAAACAAUAUGAUUGUAUGGAUACGUCCGAUGAAAUUUAUCAGCAACGAGCCGCAAGCAAUUUUAUGUUCUCACCAGAUUUUCAAGAUCGAUUGUGUCCAUUAACGUGGUUUUCAUGUGGCGAUGGCUUUUGUUAUGAUGGACCAAAUAUUGAUUUAAACGAAACACAAAGAUGCCCUUCUCAAAGGGAUCGUCUUUAUUUUCAACAAAUGCCGAAAUCAACAUUCACUUUAUUUACACAUGUAUCGUUGAUUUACGAUGGUAUGAUGCCAAAAUGGAUCUGUUAUAAUGAAACACUAUGUCCAUAUCUGAGCAUGAAUGAAUUUAAUUUGUUCGAAUCGCACAUACUCAAUGGUUCGAUUUGUCGAUCAUUUAAUGUAUUUAACAAUAAAACUUACACAGAUUUGAAGGAUGUCUUUAAAGAAUUCAAGCAUUUUGUUCGUUCAUGUUCAUUACCGCCAAAUAUUCAUUCGUCGAAAGAAUGUUCAAUGUUUUCAUGUGAUGAUAAAAGCAAAUGCUUAUCUUAUCAUCGACUGUCGGAUGGUUUUCAGGAUUGUUCAAAUGGAGAGGAUGAACAACAAAAUGUAACAUGUUCAUUUAAUCUUCCCUAUUAUCGAUAUCAAUGUAGUCAAGAAGCAAAAUGUAUUCGUAAAACAUUAGUUGCUGAUGGGAUCAAUCAUUGUUCUGACAGAAGUGACGAAAUCUUUAUUUCUCCUACAGAUAUAUUUUAUCAAGGAUAUAAACACUGUGUUUGGCUAGACAAUAUUCAAUGUCAGGCAUUUCGUGGUGUAUUCAAUUCUACCAAUAUAGUUUUCAGUCAAAUUUGCAAUGGUAUUUUGGAAAAUCUUUCCGAUGCCGAUAACAAUACCGAUGAAUCAGACUGUUCAAUGGAUGAAUGGCGCUGUUUGACACAAUAUACAAAAUGUGAUAAUACUUGGCAUUGUCUAGAUGGGCAGGAUGAAUUAGGUUGUAAAUAUAAGGCUCCAAAAUUAGAAUCCUGCACCAAUCAAUCACAUGUUUGCUUGGAUAUAAUGACUGGUUCACCAAUGUGUUUAGAUCGAUCAAAAGUCGCCGAUGGCCAUAUUGAUUGCGUAGGAUCAAUAGAUGAACGAGCUUUUUGUCGAAUAAAAUACAAAAAUAAUCGAAUGCAACGAUAUCGAUGUCAUAAUUCAGAUCUAUGCAUAACACCAUUCCAAGUAUGCGAUUGUCAUCAAGAUUGUCCAGAAAAUGAUGAUGAAACACUUGCAUGCAUUUGGAUGAAUAAUGGAAGAAAACCGUUGUGUGAUGAGUCGAUGUUUCGAUGUCGUGAUGGAAGAUAUGUAAAAUGUGAUACAGAUAUGGGGAGCUGCCGAUGCCAUCCGUGGACACGGCAUUGUUUGGAAGAUGAACAUCAGCUAUUUUGCGACUUAAUUGAUCAGUUCUCCGAUGGACACUUUACAAUGAAUGAGCUAGAAGAAUAUCCAAAUGUGAUGAAACAUCGAGUCUUAACAAUCUCAGAGAUAUCUAAACAUGUUAAUACUCAACAGUGCAAUCAAGGAUUGCAUAUCCUUUCGGCAAAUAGUUCUAUCCGUUUCUAUUGUUUGUGUUCGGAUCAUUACUAUGGUGACCGUUGCCAAUACCAACGUAAACGAGUUAGUCUUAUUCUUCGACCGUUCAUUACAGACUCAUUUGAUCAUCAAUCAUCAUUCAAAAUAGUUGUUUUGUUGGUACACCAAAAUACAACUAUUGUAUCACAUGAUCAAUUCUUAUAUGAACCACAAUUUAUAUGUUUACCAAAAUAUUAUCUUACAUUACUUUAUCCAAUCAAUGAAUCAUCGUUAUUAUCAUCCUCCAAUUAUUCUGUACAUAUUUAUAGUUUUACUUCACAAACACUUGAAAAACGUAGUUCAUGGCAAUUUGAUAUUCCAUUCCACUUCUUACCUGUAAAUCGAAUAGCAAAACGUCUUUUGAUUGCUGGUGCAGUUCCAACAACAACAAUAUCAUCAUGGUCUAAAAUCUACAAUGGUAAUUGUAGUUCAUGUUCAGAAAUGGCUAUCUGUAUUGGAUACGAUAUAGAUAUUGGUCGAGACAUUUGUAUUUGUCCUUUGAAUCGUACUGGUCGUCGAUGUCUUAUUCCAUUUAACCCAUGUACAAAUAAUAGUUGCAAUGGUCAUGGUCAAUGCAUUCAAAGAGAUGUACGCUUUGAUCCGGAAUUCCAAUUUCGAUGUGUCUGUGAUGAUGGAUGGCGUGGCGAUUUUUGUGAAGAUCCAUCAGCAAUUCUUUAUGUAUCAUUUGCGAAAGAUAUUGAUAUUUCGAUCUUCAAGAUUGCAUUGAUUCAUGUUAUUGACGUAGAGUUUAGACCGUUGCCUGAAACUUAUUUUCAUCGUUUAUCACGUGAAACAUCAAAUAUUACUGUCUUUUUGAAUACACCUCCAAUUACUCGCGGUCUAAUUUUCAUUCAAAUGUAUAAAAGUCUUGAUGAAUUUGACACUUACCUAGUGGUGGCAUAUGAAGAUAGAUAUAUCUAUGAAUUGGAAAAUAUUAGAGGCGAGAUUCAUCCUUCUCGUCGUUGCCGAUCGAUAAAUGAAUUAUUCAAUCUGUCAGUAAUUUCUCAACCACCAUUGCGUCGUGUUAAAUAUUAUCAACAACCAUGUUUAAGACGAAUAUCUGGUGAAAAAUUUCCAUGCUUUUAUGAUGAACAACUCUUGUGUCUUUGUGAUAGGACAAAUUAUGCUAAUUGUUUCACUUUUAAUUUAGAAACUUUGUCGUGUCUAGGGAAUAAAUGUAGCAAUCGAGGAAAAUGUAUUCAAACGGAAGAAAGAUGUCCAACUGGCUCCUUUUGUUUCUGCGAACCAUGCAAUUAUGGAUCAAUUUGUCAAUUCACGACAAGUGGUUAUGCAAUGUCACUCGAUGCAAUUCUUGGCUCACAUGUACAUAGGAUCACUCCUAAUAUUCGACAUCAAACAACUAUCAUUCAAAUCAGUGUAGCUAUACUAACUAUUGUUAUUUGUAUUGGGAUUUUACUUGAUGCAUUCGCCAUCGGUACAUUUGCUCAGAAAAGUACUCGUCAAGUUGGUAGUGGUCUUUAUUUACUUAUUUCAUCGCUGAUCAGUCUUUUUACUUUGAUCAUACUGAUGUGUAAGAUAAUGUUCUUGAUCAGUGUUGAACAACAUAAUAUAAGUUGUUUACUUUUCGAAUUUCUACUUAAAUGGGGAUCAACAUGUUCUGAAUGGCUCUAUGCAUGUGUAGCUAUCGAACGAACAUUGGCUGUGAUUCAGCAAACCAAAUAUUCAAAUCAAGGAAGUAAACGUCGAGCAAAAUGGAUCAUCACAAGUGUGCUUAUAUCCACUGGUGGUAUGUGUUCACCAGAAUUGAUUUAUUAUCGAACAGUUCUGGAUAGACAAGAUCAGAAACUAUGGUGUGUAUUCACUCUCAAUAAAGAUGAAAAAGCAUUGCAUACAUUAUAUUUCGCAUCGAAUAUAACCUUAUUCACGAUUCCAUUUGCAAUCAAUAUGAUCACCAGUAUCAUUAUCAUCCGUGGUACUACUCGUUCGAAGGGAAAAAUAGGUAAAGUUCCGAAUUCAAAAUACCAUGCCGCCGUCAGCGAUAUGACUACAACAAACAAUAAGAAUAACAAGCUUGUGAACUUGAAAAAUCGCGGGAAACUUAUUAAAAACCAAAUCAGUAAACAUAAACAUAUAUUAAUUGCACCGACUAUUCUGGAGAUUAUGACCAUAGCUCGUCUUGUGUUGGCUUUUAGGUUUGUGUGCACAAAACUUGAUCAAAAUCCAUAUUUUGCUUUAUUCAUCUAUUUAACUGGAUAUUUACCAUCAAUGUCAGUACUUGUUGCAUACAUUCUACCAUCUGAGGGCUACCGAAAAGCUUGUAUCACGUUUAUCAAACAGAUUAUUCCCGAAUACAUUCAAACUUUGUUUGCUAAUCGUCGUUGUCUUCGUUAA